AAGUUUCUCUGACGUUUCCUCACAACGCAGAGAGAAAUACAAAAAGCUGUCGGUUGUCAAAGAGCAGACAUGUUACACUAUAUAACAGCAAAUAAACCGGAUUAACAGAUCUUUCUGUACUCAACAUUUUUUAAACUAACCCCUACAACAAAAGAGCAUUCUGCAGCGUUUCAUUAGCAUCAUGCAAAAGGAGUUAAAUGAACCACUAAGGAUGAGUCUUGCAGCAGGUGUGUGUGAACGAGCAUGUCACUGAUCGUGUUUGUGUUGGUGGCUCGGCUCAGGGAUGGACUCCCUUUGUCCGCCUCCACCGACUUCCAGCACAGCAGAGAGCUGCAGGAGAGGAAGCAGCAGAUUCGCACUGUUUCAAAAUCGCUGAACUCGCUUCCUGAGAGAGGGAUCAUCAUGGGCCAUGAGCUCCAUAUCUACUUCUUCAUGUCUGACGGCGUGGCCUACCUGAGUGUGUGUAUGUGCAGUGUGUCUGCUGCCGUGGCCUUCAGCUUCCUGGAAGAUCUUCGCUGGGAGUUCAUGGCCAGCUUCGACAGCUCAGCGGUGGCCCGGGCGUGUCGGCCGUACCCGUUCCUGGACUUCGACAGCGUGAUUCAGAAGCUGCAGCAGCACUAUAACCAGAGCGGCGGUCCUGCUCUCGGAGUCACUCUGAGCACAGUGGAGGAGGAGCUCAGCCUCAGUCCUCCUCAGGUCCUCACCAUGGACGAGAUACAGCUCAGUAACGGAGUCGCAAACGGCCACGCCGAGCAGACGGCCUCGUCGGGUCAGACUCAGAGGCUGGAGCCGGUGUCCGCUCCUGGAAUCCUGUCGCUCAUCCUCAACAUCAUGUGCGCUGCUCUCAAUCUGAUCCGGGGCGUCCACCUCAUCGAGUACACCUUCCAGGACGAUUAUGACGGAUUAUGGAACGUCGUGGCAUUUUUUGUGGCCUUCGUGUGCUGCGUUUGCCAGUGCCAGCUUUAUUUAUUCCACUCAUCCCGGAAGAAGAUCAAGUCUUUAACACUCCUCACCGCGAUCGUCCUCUGCAACGGCUUCCUGUUCGGCCUGAGGAACGUGUGGCAGCUGACAUUCCACGUGUUCGUGGCCUUCCUCUCCACCCUCCUCAUCCUCAACCGCAAACUACUGGACAGGAGCUCGGACUGUGGAGUGAUAAGCCAACAGGAAGAUCAGAGAGCUGUCUAUGGGAGAAAAGCGAGCCAGUUUGAAGCUGAGAAAAGAGGGAAAAUCAAUCAGAGGCACUCACAAACAUUAGGCAUAGCCAGUACAACAAUUUGGAAUGUCCUGUGAAAGAAAGAAACCACUGGUGUAUUGAGCAACAGACACUGAAUGGGUCGGCCAAGGAAAACAACAGCAGCUGAUGACAGAAACGUUGCGCUAGCUGUGAAGAAAAACCCCAAAACAACAGUCAGUGACAUCAUCAACAACAUCCACAGGGCCGGGGUGGAUAACUGUGAUUCAGUAUAAUUGAAAAUUAAAGUUGUAAGUAAAGUACAAAAGUUUUCAUCCCUUUACACUGAAAUGAAGGAACGAAUAAAAAGCUUCACUAUAUUAAUGAUCACACAUUUUUCUUUGUUAAUUAAAAACUGUCCAGAUCGGAAAUUCAAAAGCAGAGUAGUACAGUGAAACAAUUACCAUGCUGUUUCUGCAAGUGAUAUAAAUGUGAACUUCUAUUCCUUUAUUCCACUUGACUCUAAAUGUAUUCCUAGGUCUGACUAUUUCUCUUUUUCACCCCCACUCUUUGGACAUAUCUUUUAAAAUUUGUGUUUCCUUUGGUUUCUGAAUGAUGGUUUUCCUUGUGGCUAGCAGUCUCCCUAAACACUUUUAUGUGCUUUUAUCAUCUUCUCCAGCUGUCUGAAAGGUCAAUAUUUUCAGUUUUAGGUCUUAUGAGGGCUAUUUUCUGAUCCCAAUGACUCUUAGCUCGAGUGCUCACAGUGAACCAUCAGACACUUUGGUGAGGGAUAUACAAGAAAAUGAUGUUUAAACAUGAGCUUGCUAAUAAAGAGAACUGCUGAAUCAAUUGCUAUAAUAUUCUUAAAUGUGAAAGCACCAUAAACUGCAAAAUGAAGGUAAAUUUUUAAAACUGUUUUGCCAAAGUUUUGCACUUGGUUGUAUUGCACCUGAGUGGAAUAUUUGAUAUUCCCAUAAGCAAGAAGUACACAACACUGAGGCAUGCUGCAUCCUCGUAAACUCUCGUCGUGAGCUAGAAUAGUCUUAUAAAUCCUCACCUCUAAGAUUAUAGUCUCAGAGCAGAAAUAAACCCAAGACAUAAACCUUUCCCUUAAAUCUGGAGUGUGCAACUGGCUAACGUCUGACAGUGUGUCCUGAGGCUAGUCUAAACACACUGUGACGACUAAAAGCUAAAUUUAGAGCAGCAUUUAGAAGAGUGUGGGAUUAAACUGUGAGUAAUGACUAAUCCAUCUAGUUCACACACUUUACACACAACCUGCUGGACUGUAUUCACGUCUACGCAGAUGUUUUUAUUCAUAAGGCAGCCCUUUAAUGUACUAAUAAUUUCUUGUUAAGGGUCAAAGUGUAGCACUAUUUAUUUCCACAACACUACUGAAUUCUUGAAUCCGACUGGCCAGAAGAUAUAAUCGUUGAUAUAGGGUGAAGAUUUCUGUGAGGAGACGUUUGUGUAACGUUUAUGGAAGGAGUCUCCAGUGUCAGCACUUUGGAACAGUCAGAAAGUUUGCGCGUUCUGGUUUCUCCGUGACGUGACACGAUGUAUUUUAACGUCUGAUUAACUUCGAGAGAGAGAGGGAGGAAAAAUGAGGCUACUAUAACAUAAGUGAUGAUAAAAACUAACUUGUCUUGCAGGUGUUCUAUAACAUAACAUUCAAUAG